UUCCGAGCUGAAAUGCGAACUCGCUUUCUGAAUACCGAUUACUUCACCUCCUCAUGUUCUCCGAUCGAAACCCUAAAUUUCCUAAACCUUCCCGUUCCUUCUCUGCCUCUUUUGCAUUUAGUCUCCUGAAAAGACGAACUUCUCCGCUUCGAUGACGUCUUUGACAUAUCUCUGGAGAUCGAGCAAUUGCCGAUCCAUUCCGCUGUCUCCAAGUUCUUCUCCAAAGUUAUUCCACAAAUUACAGAUGUUGAUUGUCGCGAGUUUGAUUCUCUAUGUUCGAAGUUUAGAAAAGGCUGCGACGAUGAGGAAGUAUUUGGUAUUCUUUUUAAAGAGAAAGAACAUGAGAAUCAGAGAACUUUGGAAUCAGACACUACGGAGGUUGGAUCUCCAAAAAGGCGCUGUUAAUACUAAGUUUAAUUCAUGCUUUUCUUGGUCUGCUUGGAUUCCCUCAGGUUUAAUUAAUGUCACUGCAGAAGGACAUUGAGACUGCUGUUGUUGACAAGAAUGCACAAAGGGUUGAAGUAAUCCAUUUUGAAACACCAGAGCUGAUUUUAUCCAUGGUAUAGUGAAAAUCUGUUCAAAAUACUCUGAUACAAUAAGCGUCUGUAUAUCUAUUUGAUAACAUUUUAGCUAAGUAGUAAAGUUUAUUUGUAUCAGGAAGAUGUUUCCGUUUUCGAUAAAGAGGAGAUUUUGGUUGAAAACAAUUUAGUAAAUCUCUGAACCAUGUUUUUAAUCAUAGCUUUUUUAUGCUAUAGAGUAUUAGAAUUUAAUGUCCCUCCAAAUUUAUAUAAACAGUUCAGGGUAAGUUACCUUUUGAAUUUCAAAAUCUGAUGAAUUAUAGGUCCUGUCUAUAAAUGUGUAGAUGUGUAAGCAUAUUUACAUUGAUCUAAAGUUUUCCGUAUUUCCUAUUAA